AUGCACUAUACGAAAACGCAGGGGAUGAUUGUGGAUAAAUACGACCCGCGAACUAAUCCUGGGGUCUUCACUUUAAAGGGCGAAUACGAACCAGGGAUCACUCAGGUUGUUGUAGAUGAGCACGCGAGAGUGGAAGCUUUAGAAAGAGAGUUGAAGACUGAUCAGGUUCGCACAACGGUGAAGUUUCAUCCGGUUAACUCCGUGAAAGAACGCGAUAUGCAGCCUCUCACUAGCAGUGAAGUGAAUGCUAGUCGGCUAUCGUCAACAGCGUCGUCCACACUGAGCAGAAAAGAGGGCGGCGCUGCGUACCGUAUGGAUGCAACAGAGAGCGUUGCGAGCACUCAGGCUACGGGGCGACUCGCGGCGUGGCGGGUAGAAGUUGGCAAUAGCGCUGGAGAAGGUGAGGGCGGCGUUACUCUGAUGGCGAUCAACAGCUUCUGGCACUACAUCUCGGAGUUUUUCGAACUAUUCCGAAGGACCACAGGACAGAGAUGA